AUGUGGAAAUCGUCACUGCUGCUGGAAAGCUGGCAUUGGAGAAGGUGGUGGAUUUCCAUGGGAACGGUGGCGCCUCUGGGUGCCUCCGAGGUGGUGGCGUCGUGCAGCUACGACAAGACGGUGCGGCUGUGGGACGCGGGGGGGUCGCGACAGCACCAGCUGUCGAGUUUGGCGGGACAUGCGGCACCCGUGGUGCAGAUGGCGGUGGGGCGUGGCGGAAUGGUGGCCACAGGUGACCGUGGCGGCUCCGUAAUCGUCUGGGAGGUCAGCCAGGGCGGCCCAGCAUGGCGUCUGAAGAACAUACACAAGGGUCACAUCACGGCCAUCGCCAUCCUGCACGACGUCCCGGGCCAUGGGGCCCCGCCACUGAUCCUGACCGGUGGCCAGGACGGCACGGUCCGGGCCUGGGACCCCCGACAGAAAAAUCACGUGGCCAAAAAUACCCUCCACUCAAACGACAAAGGGAGAGGAGCUGUGGGGGCAAUCAUUGGUGGCAGUGGCGCCUUUGGGGGUUUAGUCAUCACGUGCGGGGCGGAUAAGACCCUGAAGCUGUUGGAUCCCAGGAGUGGGUUCUGCGACACGGCCGCGAUUGCGCUGAGCGACUUUCCGUACAGCCUUUCGGCUGUGGGGAACUUGGCGCUGUGCGGCUGUGGGGACGGCAGCCUGGUUGUGGUGGACGUGGAGCGCGGCGAGGUGUUGUAUGGGCUGGGCGCCAACAGGGCUGCAGUGAGGACGUUAGAGUGCUCUGCAGACACGUUGCUGUGUUCCGGGGAUGAUGGCCGUGCCAUCGUGUACAGAUUUGGUGCUUGA